AUGAAAUUACUCACAAUGAUGGUUUGGAAAAUUAAAAAGAUAAAUAAAUGCAUAUAUGAAUUAAAGUAUGAGAAUUGGCUCAAGAAAUAAGUGGAGAAUGAAUAAGAUUUGGAUGGAUUGAUUGUUUUUAGGCUUAUCAAUAUAAGGGCAAAGAAUUAUUUAUGA